CUUGAUCUUUCUUGUCAUUGAUCGUUUGAAGCGCCUGUUAAUUCACUUACUGGUGUUGAGACACAAUGUCUGUGUUAAGCGGAGUCGUGAAGAAAUCGCCUUCUUUUCUGGUGUUUAAUAAUGAAUACACCCGAAAAUGUUUGGCGUUUUUUUUCUUUGCUGUUUCACUUACAGGGUCGUUACUGAAGGGACUGGACGUGAUCCCGAGCUCGUACUUCAGCAACAGCAGAAACUUUCUGAACGUAUAUUUUGUGAAAUUUUCCUGGGGAUGGAACCUGGUCCUGUUACUACCGUUUAUAUUUUUGUCCAACUCCUACAACAAAAACCUUAUCUUCGUGGUCAAACGCCUCAUGUCUCUUGUGGUAGCCACAGCUAUUUGGUACUUCUUCACCGAGAUAUUUUUCUACAUUGAAGAUAUCACGGGAGCAUGCUACAAGUUGCAAGACAUGCAAGCGAUCCAGGAGGGAUUCGGCACGAAGGCAGAGUGUAAAAGUGCCGGACACUUUUGGGACGGUUUCGACAUUUCUGGCCACUCCUUCAUUCUAUCAUACUCUACGCUCUUAAUCGUUGAGGAGAUAGUUCCGAUGCUUCAUCUUGUUCAACAGUCCCGAAACAGAACCACCAUCCUUGAUGCCCUGUACCUCGCACUCAAUGCUAUUGCAAUCAUCUGGGUGUGGAUGUUUGUUUGCACCUCGGUAUACUUCCAUAACAUGAUCCAAAAGAUUCUAGGCACUUUUUUAGGUGUUUUGAGCUGGUACAUGACCUAUAAGGUUUGGUACAUGAACCCUUUUUCACCGGGACUCCCUCCUUGCUAUACAGCUCGAAAACAACGUGACUAGACUAAACACAGUAGUUUACAACAACCUUAAGUGCUGCAGUGGAACAAACUGACUGUUGUUUAACUGUUAUUUGCAGGUUCACUACGUGUGUUGUCUGUUGUUUUUCAAGGUUGUUUGUGACCAAGGGAUCUGUGUGAUUUCUCGUGGAGUUUUUUUUGGCAACUGGUGUUCCAGAACUGACUCUGUAACCGGAGAGCUUCUGCAGUAUCUAAAGCUUAUUGUUGCCAUUGAAAAUAUGUGCCAACUUUCCAUAGCGCUUUAAGCAUGCGUCCCAAAUCCAAGUCCAGUUGUUUUCUUAUUGAUUUAUCGAUCAUUUAAAAAAAAUCUAUAACACUACAGUAUAAUACGCAUGGGCAGCCAGCACAUCAUCUCUUAUCAGGAAAUUAUUUUUUAAAUUUGUUUAGAAUUUUUACUAACACUUUGAAUUUUUAUUAUUUUUAAUAUUGUAUCAUGAUAUUAUUAGAAUUGCAAUACAGAUCGAAUCGGCACCUAGGUAUCGUGAUAAUAUCCUAUCAGGGUCCGCGGUGAUCCUUACUAUUUAUGCCUAUGUUGUGUAGUAUGUGUAGCUGAGACACUGUGUGUUUUACCCAUAAUACACUGCUAGCAAAGAUCUUCAAAGUUUACAGGACUGUGUAAAGAAAUAAAAAGUAAAAGUAAUUGUGUCAUCUUAUUUAUAGCAAAAACAAGAGGGUCUAUUUGUUUCUACUGCAGCUCUUUUGAAUUCUUGAUUGGUCAGAAUGAUAUAUUUUUAUCAACACAUUCGUUGUAAUAUGUUAUCAUUUAUACAUCACAUCAACCUAUUCACUUGUAUGACAGGCAUCUGAUAAAAACAUAUUGGAAAAACUUUAAUGGUGAUUAAUUUUUACGGAAGGAGUCUCCAGUGUCAGCUCCUUUUGGAACAGCUUUGUAACCACUUUUUGCUCAGUAACAUAAAAUGUUGUAUUUUAUUUGUCUGAUUUCAAGCACGGAAAAUGUUAAAUGAAACUGUAAUUGAUUUAUUUAGUUUAAUUCUAAUUUUCUUAUUAUAAUACUUUUUUAAUGGACCGUUUGGCAAAUCGCUGACAUGAAACAAAUAAAACUUGCGUUAUUAAAAAAAUUAUCAUCUCCAAGCUCAGCUAAACUAUCGGCAUGCUCGAUGAGUGCAUUGAUUUAUGAGGUGCACCAUUUUAUUAUUUCUGAAUUAUCUUAAUAACUCAAGGAUACUUAGCUACAUUAGUCAUUGUUGCUUUUCUCACUAUUCUCGCUUUUUUGAUUCUGGGUCUGUACGUGUAUUUAUAUACGAGUUGCCAUGCUUUGUUAAUGAUUGUGUCGUAUAUUGUCGAACACUAGAGGUUAGGAUAGUUUAUAAAUGCUGCCUCAUUAAGUCAUUUUGUUAUAAUGUAAUAUGUGACCCAUUAUAUUUCAUUAGGUAUUACGUUGCGCAGUAGGAAUCUUCAAUUUCGGCCAAAAUUAGACGAUAAAUAACUUAACUUCCUGACACUGUAUCUAAGCAACUGGACAUGAUACAGUAAUAAACUUGGAAUCACAAUGGAGCUUAUUAAACAAGUAAUCUAAGAAUAAGCCUAACUCAAAUCUCCCACAACGCCACUUAAUACCUGAUUUGAUGUGAUGGGUCACAUACAUGUUUUGUGUAAAUGCUUUUCUUUACAGAUAAAUGUUUUAUUCCGUUUGUAACUGAUAUUGAUUAGGUCAUAUUUAGACUUGUAUGCAUGCAUUACAAUUGUUUGCAAAUGCAGCUUGUUAUAACAGUACCUCUGGGUAUAAUGCACAUUUUCCUGUUGUACGUUCUGCGAUUUAUAAUUCUGAAACAUACACUGAAUAUUUAUAUGACGUCAUAUAUUAUGAUGCUUCAUGGCUGCCUGUAUGACUAAAAGUAUUGAAUCAUCUGCCUUUUAGACUUUUUUGGCUGUUUUAAAUAAUAAGUUUACCUCUUAAAGUCACGAUUACUCAUCCUAAUGUAUAUUAUUUAUAAACUAUUAAUAAUAGAGUUAUUAAGGUAAAAGAGACAGUAUAUCAUUAACAAGAGUGAAACUUGAAAUAUGUUCCUAAACUUUCAAGGGGUUACACUUUUACAUAGUGGACCUGCCUGUUUUAUAUUUGGGACCGACUGACAACAUUUCCCUGUAAAAGCUGCACAAGUAAUAAAAACCUUUUUUUGUU